AUGCAGGAUUUGUCAGCUGGUUGGCUUCAUUGUGAUCCUGGUCCAUUGUUUAAACCAGAGCAUUUCACUUUACCCGGAUGGGUUCCUCAAUGGUUUCCUUGGAGAGAAUUUGCGGUGUUGCCAGUACAAUGGCAUGCUUUGUUGCUUGGUCUUUUUGCAUCAAUUAUAGCACCUUUUGGAGGCUUCUUUGCAAGUGGUUUCAAAAGAGCUUUCAAAAUCAAGGAUUUUGGCGAUAGUAUUCCUGGACAUGGUGGAAUUACCGACAGAAUGGAUUGCCAGAUGGUGAUUGGUGUGUUUGCGUACAUCUAUCAUCAGUCAUUUGUCGUGCCUCAUAGCAUAUCAGUUGAAAUGAUUUUUGACCUGAUAUUGAUGAACCUCACUUUCGAGGAGCAGCGAGCUCUGUACAUGCAGCUUGGGCAGAUUAUCCAGGAGAGGCUGUAUGUAGAUUCUUAA